UGCUUUGCCAUCCAUCACUGUUCAGUGUUCACUAUUCACUCGUUUCAGCUUUCUAAUUUUCACAAGUGGUCAUCUUUCCUCUGUGCUCUCUGGACCAGCCACAGAGAGUCAUACAGCACCUUCAUUUCAGCUCUAGGUCCGUGCUUUGUUUCUUUUGCUUCUGGAUCUAUUUUGCUUUUCUUGUUUACAAAUCUUUCAGAAAAAAAAAGAAAUUUGCUUGUUCCCAUCUGUAACUUGUUCGUCUUUCAUUUAGAAGCACUUCUCAUAGUUUGGUCUUUUUCUACGUCAUUUAAUAGGCAGUUAGUUUCUUGUUCCUUUAUUCGUUUUUGUUUGUGUUGUCAUAUAUCGUAGAAAAGAAAGAAAGAAGAAAAUAAUUUUGGUUGUACGUUCUGGAAUCCGCAUAGCUUCCUGUUAUUAUAUUGUCUUUGCCCUCUUUUGCCUCUGAUCUUCAAUUCAUAAGAACAAUGGCAGCGGAAAUCGUUUUAUCCACUAUUUUCGAUAUCCUUAUUACCGACCUCAGUCGUCAUAUUAGAUACCCUUUCGAGUACAAGAAAAAUGCCGAGAAACUAACCCAUCAAAUUGACAAGUUAAAAGCAAUGCGAGACAGAGUGCGGGGCACAGUUGAGGAAGCUGAGUUUAAUGGAGAAAUGAUAACAAUUGAUGUCAAAUGUUGGCUGCAAGAUGUGAAUAUGAUUAUUGAAGAAGUGGACCUUGUGCUCAGUGUUGAAAAUGAAAGAGCAAGGAGGUUUCCUUUUGGAUCGUGUCUAAGCAUCAAGUCACACUACCAGGUUGGCAGGAAAGCCAAGAAGCUAGCCUAUGAAGUUUCUGAACUACAGAUGAGUGGUAAAUUUGAUGCGAUUUCCUUCCGCUCUGCUCCACAAUGGAUGUUUGACGGUGAUCACGAGUCCUUACCAUCAAGACUGUUGCUUUGUAAAGCAAUCAUGGAUGCUUUGAAAGAUGAUGAUAUCAACAUGGUUGGUGUGUAUGGGAUAGCUGGCGUGGGUAAGACCACCCUGGUGAAACAGGUUGCCGUACAAGCAAAGGAGCAGAAGCUUUUUGAUGUGGUGCUUAUGGUUGUUGCAUCUGAGGCUUUGAAUAUUAGGAGAAUUCAAGAACAGAUUGCAGUCAUGUUGGGCUUACACCUAGAUGCAGAUACUGACGAGGGAAGAUCAUGUCAGUUAUAUGAGAAGUUGAAGCGUGAGAGGUUUCUUUUGAUUAUGGAUGACUUGCGGGAGAUAUUCGAUUUGAAGAGAAUUGGGAUUCCAUCCAAGGAUGAACACAGUGGGUGCAAGAUAUUGUUAGUUUCUAGAAUUCGUGAUGUUCUGUCAAAUCAAAUGGGUUGUCGAAGGACCUUUGAAGUUUUGAGUUUGUCUGCCGAAGAAGCCCUGGAGUUAUUUAAGAAUACUAUCGGUGAUGAUCUUGAAAAUCCUUUUAUGCGGUCCACUGCUGUUGAGAUAGCCAAGGAGUGUUCGAAUUUGCCAGUUGCUAUUGUAUCAGUUGCGAGAUCUUUGAAGAAGAAGAGUUUACCUGAGUUUAAGAAGGCCUUGAAAGAACUAAGACGUUCCUCCCUAACAAGCUCGACAACAUCACAAAAUAUAGAAAUGAGUUAUAAUUAUUUAGAAAGUGACCAGCUCAAGUCAGCUUUCCUUCUUUAUGGUCUAUUGGGUCAUAAUGCUUCCUUGCGCAAUCUGCUCAGAUAUGGUCUUGGUUUGGGCUUGUUUCCUGAUGCUGUUUCAUUGGAAGAAGCACAGUACAUAGCACAGUCAUUGGUACAUAAACUAAGAGACUCUUUUAAUCCUAAUGUUGGUGAGCAAUUUGCCGUGCAUAUUGCUGUUCAUGAUGCUGCUGUAUCAAUAGCCGAUAGGUACCACCAUGUCUUGACAACAGAUAAUGAAAUUGCAGUGAAGCAGCUUGAUGAAGAUGCACAAAAGCAGCUCAGACAAAUCUGGUUACAUGGCAAUAUUAGCGAGCUUCCAGCAGACUUGGAAUGCCCCCAGCUUGACCUUUUUCAAAUAUUUAAUGAUAAUCAUUAUCUGAAAAUAGCUGAUAACUUUUUUUCAAGAAUGCACAAACUCAGAGUCUUAGGUUUGAGUAAUUUGUCUUUAUCAUCCCUACCUUCUUCUGUUUCUUUGUUGGAGAAUCUUCAAACAUUGUGUCUGGAUCGUUCCACAUUGGACGACAUAUCUGCUAUCGGGGAUCUAAAGAGAUUAGAAAUCCUAAGUUUCUUUCAAUCUAACAUCAAACAGUUACCCAGGGAAAUAGCGCAGCUGACAAAGUUGAGGUUGUUAGAUUUAAGUGAUUGUUUUGAACUCGAAGUGAUUCCACCAGAUGUCUUCUCAAAGCUAUCUAUGUUAGAAGAAUUGUAUAUGAGAAACAGCUUUCAUCAGUGGGAUGCUGAAGGAAAGAACAAUGCGAGUCUUGCAGAGUUGGAGAACUUGUCUCACCUAACCGAUGCAGAGAUACAUAUUCAAGAUUCCCAGGUUUUGCCAUAUGGCAUAAUCUUUGAAAGAUUGAAAAAGUAUAGAGUUUGUAUAGGAGAUGAUUGGGACUGGGACGGUGCAUCUGAUAUGUUAAGAACAGCAAAGCUCAAGCUUAACACAAAAAUUGAUCAUCGAAACUAUGGAAUCCGGAUGUUGUUGAACAGAACUGAAGAUCUUUAUUUGUUUGAAAUUGAAGGUGUCAACAUCAUUCAAGAACUGGAUAGGGAAGGUUUUCCACAUUUAAAGCACCUGCAAUUGCGUAACAGCUUUGAGAUUCAAUAUAUAAUCAGCACGAUGGAAAUGGUUUCUUCCAAUGCCUUUCCUAUUUUGGAGUCUUUAAUUCUCUAUGAUUUGUCAUCCUUGAAGAAGAUUUGCCAUGGUGCACUCAGAGUAGAGUCUUUUGCUAAAUUACGCAUCAUAGCAGUGGAACAUUGCAAUAAAUUGACCAACCUCUUCUCUUUCUUUGUUGCACGAGGCCUCUCACAACUACAAAAGAUCAAAAUUGCUUUUUGUAUGAAAAUGGAAGAAGUUGUUGCUGAGGAAAGUGAUGAACUUGGCGACCAGAAUGAAGUAGUUGAUGUGAUUCAGUUCACUCAAUUGUAUUCCCUAUCACUGCAGUAUUUGCCACAUCUCAUGAACUUCUACUCCAAAGUGAAGCCAUCUUCUUUAUCUCGAACACAACCAAUGCCGUCGAUAACUGAAGCAAGAUCUGAAGAAAUCAUUUCAGAGGAUGAGCUGAGAACCCCUACACAACUUUUCAAUGAAAAGAUUUUGUUCCCAAACUUGGAGGAUUUGAACUUGUAUGCAAUUAACAUUGACAAGCUAUGGAAUGACCAGCACCCAUCAAUUUCAGUUUCCAUUCAAAAUUUGCAAAGAUUGGUUGUGAAUCAAUGUGGCAGCCUCAAAUAUCUAUUUCCAUCUUCUUUGGUGAAUAUUCUCGUGCAGCUCAAACAUCUUUCUAUAACCAAUUGUAUGUCAGUGGAAGAAAUAAUUGCAAUUGGAGGAUUAAAGGAAGAAGAAACAACAAGUACAGUGUUCCCUAAACUAGAGUUCAUGGAGCUCUCUGAUCUUCCAAAACUCAGACGAUUCUGUAUUGGCUCUUCAAUUGAGUGUCCUUUGCUGAAACGGAUGAGAAUAUGUGCUUGUCCUGAAUUUAAGACAUUUGCUGCUGAUUUUUCAUGUGCAAAUAUCACUGAUGGCAAUGAACUUGAAGAAGUGAACUCGGAGGAGAACAACAACAAUGUUAUUCAAUCUCUCUUUGGUGAAAAGGUAAUAUUCCCUAGCUUAGCUGAAAUUGAGAUCUCCCAUAUUGAUAACUUGGAAAAGAUAUGGCAUAAUAAUCUUGCUGCUGGUUCCUUUUGCGAACUAAGAUCAAUUAAAAUUAGAGGUUGCAAAAAGAUAGUGAAUAUUUUUCCAUCAGUUUUGAUACGGAGUUUCACGAGAUUAGAGGUGUUGGAGAUUGGGUUUUGUGAUCUGUUAGAAGCCAUAUUUGACCUCAAAGGACCAAGUGUUGAUGAAAUUCAACCUUCCAACGUUGUACAGUUACGAGACUUGUCCUUGAACAGUCUUCCUAAAUUGAAGCACAUAUGGAAUAAAGAUCCUCAAGGAAAGCACAAAUUUCACAAUCUACAAAUUGUAAGGGCUUUUAGUUGUGGUGUUUUAAAGAAUCUAUUUCCAUUCUCCAUUGCUAGAGUUCUUCGACAACUUGAAAAGCUAGAGAUAGUGCAUUGUGGGGUGGAGCAAAUUGUUGCCAAGGAAGAAGGUGGCGAAGCAUUCCCUUAUUUUAUGUUUCCUAGGUUAACCUCCUUGGAUCUUAUUGAAAUACGAAAAUUCAGGAACUUCUAUCCAGGGAAACAUACAUGGGAAUGUCCAAGGUUAAAAAGUUUAGCAGUGUCAGGCUGUGGCAAUAUCAAGUACUUCGAUUCAAAAUUUCUUUACCUACAAGAAGUUCAAGGUGAAAUUGAUCCCACUGUCCCAAUACAGCAACCUCUCUUCUCUGAUGAAGAGAUAAUCUCCAACUUGGAGGAAUUGUCAUUGAAUGGGGAAGACCCAGCUACUUCAAUUAUUUGGUGUUGCCAAUUUCCAGGGAAGUUCUAUUCCAGGUUGAAAGUUAUCAAGCUGAAAAACUUUUAUGGAAAGCUAGAUCCUAUUCCUUUUGGUUUCCUACAAAGCAUACGCAAUCUAGAAACACUCUGUGUGUCAUGUAGUUCUUUCGAAAAGAUAUUCUUGAAUGAAGGAUGUGUUGAUAAAGAUGAAGACAUUCAGGGGCCUGUUGAUUCAGAUGAACAUACUAGGAUGCGUGCAAGGUUAAAAAAUUUAGUUAUAGAUUCAGUUCAAGAUAUAGCACACAUAUGGGAGCCAAAAUACAGGCUGAUUUCAGUUGUUCAAAAUCUCGAGUCUCUAAAAAUGCAGUCUUGUAACAGCUUGGUCAAUUUAGCACCGUCAACUGUAUUGUUUCAUAAUUUAGAAACUCUUGAUGUACACUCUUGCCAUGGAUUAUCGAACCUAUUAACAUCCUCAACAGCCAAAAGUCUUGUGCAACUCGUGAAGUUGAUCGUAGUUAGUUGCAAAUUGGUGACAGAAAUUGUGGCAAAACAGGGGGGUGAAAUAAAUGAUGAUAUCAUAUUCUGCAAACUAGAAUAUCUGGAACUUGUUCGAUUAGACAAUCUCACAAGCUUCUGCCCUGGAAAUUACAACUUCAUAUUCCCAUCUUUGAAAGGAAUGGUGGUUGAACAAUGCCCAAAGAUGAGAAUUUUCUCUCAAGGAAUAUCAAGCACACCAAAGCUACAGGGAGUAUAUUGGAAAAAGGAUUCUAUGAAUGAAAAGUGUUGGCAUGGCAACCUUAAUGCCACCUUACAACAGUUGUACACAAAAAUGGUUGGAUGCAAUGGCAUAUGGAGUUUGAAGCUCUCUGACUUCCCCCAAUUGAAAGAUAGAUGGCACGGACAACUUCCCUUCAACUGCUUUAGCAAUUUAGGAAAUCUCACAGUGGAUAACUGUGCAAUUGUCUCUACUGCUAUUCCAUCCAAUAUACUAAAGUUCAUGAAUAAUUUGAAAUAUCUGCACGUGAAGAACUGUGAGUCUCUUGAAGGAGUAUUUGAUUUGGAAGGGCUCAGUGCUGAGGAGGGGUAUGAUAGGCUGUUGCCCAAUUUACAAGAAUUGCACUUGGUUGACCUACCUGAGUUGAGGCAUAUAUGGAACAGGGAUCUUCCUGGAAUUUUGGACUUUAGAAACCUGAAAAGGUUGAAAGUUCAUAAUUGUAGCAGCUUGAGAAACAUAUUUUCACCAUUCAUGGCAUCAGGUCUUGUGCAACUCGAGAGGAUAGGGAUAAGAAACUGUGCCUUGAUGGACGAAAUAGUAGUUAACAAGGGAACUGAAGCAGAAACUGAGGUGAUGUUUCACAAAUUGAAACAUUUGGCACUUGUCUGUUUGCCACGCCUUGCAAGCUUUCAUUUGGGUUAUUGUACAAUCAAGCUUCCAUCUUUAGAGUGCGUGCUAGUGCAAGAGUGCCCCCAAAUGAAAACUUUUUCUCAAGGAGUCGUAAGCACACCAAAGCUACGGAAAGUAGUACAGAAAGAAUUUGGAGAUAGCGUACAUUGGGCACACGACCUUAAUGCCACCAUACACAAGUUGUUCAUAGAAAUGAGUGAUAGAGUGGUACGGUCCAAACUGCUGAGCUUACCCAACGAGCCUACACAAGAUAAAAAUGGACAGCAUACUGGAUCAGAGGGACAAGCUUCUGAGAAUUUGCAUGUCACUGAAUAUCCAGAUGGCACUAAAGAAUACCCUCCAGUCUCUCAAAAAGCAUUCAACACCAAAGAGCAUGUCAUCAAAAGUGAACCUGAGAUCAUUCAAUUGGCCUCUAGAUACGAAGAGUCUCUUACUGCUUCAAAUGAUGAGGAAGAGAGUUCCUCGACUCUCACAGAUUCUGAAGUCCAAAUUAAUCAAUACGAUGAAAAGCCUCCAGUAAAUGAUAAUAAUGAAGCCCCAGAGGACCAUGCUGAUCCUAUACAAGCUCAAGAAUUGCGAGCUCACACGGGAAUUGGACCUCAGAUCUCUCAACAAGUUCAACAGGCUUCUCAAGAAACUGAGAAGUAUGAGAACUCAGAGGACCGUGUUAUGCCUACCUUUUCAAUUCUGCAGAGGGACACCAUUCCUUCAUCUCCUGCCGCUCCUGUUGAACAAGUCCUUGUACGGACUUCUGCAUCUUUAACCAACUCAACGUCUUCUCAAGAGCUCAUGCUCACCACUGCUUCUCAACCAACUAUAGAGAUUCCAUCAAUUUCUGUCACCAAAACUCGGCCUGCUUUGAAUUUUGAGUCUGUCUUUGCCAGCAUGGAACAGUUGAUAAACUCAAGUCCAGAGUCUUCUUCUCAGCUUGCGUCAAGCUCUAAUUCUCAUACCGAAUCUCCCAAGUCCAGUAGUGUGAGCUUUGAGGAGACAUACAGUUAUUCAAUGGCUUUGAUAAAAAGGAUCUUAAGAAAAUCCCCAGUAGAAGUGGCCAUAUCUGCUGAUCGCCUGUUGCUUCUGUCCAGUUUGAAGAAUUUAAGGAACUGUCCUUUUCUGAAUUCUCAGCAACUAGAAAUCAUUCAAUUCUACCUUGAGAAUUUUGAGACCUUGGUGACAAGCCACCCAUUUUAUGAGCAGAAAAUUGACUGGACUAAAGUAGUGAAGUUCUGUAUUGAAGAUGACAAAAGGGGAAUUACUGAGUUGAAGACAUCUUAUGAAGAACUUACCAGAAAGAUCAACAUCCUUAGUGCUGAAAAGGAAGCAUUAAGUAAAAAGCUUCGGGAAAUUGAAGAAGAAGAAGAUCACAUCCGAGCAAACAUGGAAGGUCUCUAUGCCCAGCUCGUUAGCCAAAAAGGAAAACUAGAAACAAAUAUGAAUGCUCUUGCAGAAGCCGUGAGGCAAGAACGAGAGACAGCGGAUAGAGCUUGCAAUAUUGAUCGCUAUUGGGCUAAGCUCCAGGGCUUAUUUGCUGAAGUUUGAUUAGAAAGAAAAGAAUACACUGUUUUCAACUACUAAUUAAUAGAAACAGAGCACUCUUUCGAUUUCCUGUCGCAUGGCAUCAGCAGCUGCUGUGAUAGGAAAGUAUUAUCCUUUGUAAUUAUUUGCAAUAUUCAUAAAUGAAAAGACCUGGCAGGGCAGUAUGAGUUUCCUCCA